AGAAGGAGAAGGAGAGCGCGUGUUGUCCAGGCGCAGCGAUGGCUCAGGUUCAAGAUGGGGCUUGUCCCGGUCAGGAAGGUGCCUCUUCUAACUGGAAUGGUGAGAAUGCAGAGGAGUCCCUGAGUCUCCGGGAUGGAACAGAAAAAAGGAACAUACACAAAACCAUCCUCGGGAAAUGUCAGGCUCUAGGCAAUUGGUUCAGAUCCUACCAAGGGCUGACUGUGCUCCUGUGUGUGAUCCUGGUUUUAGUGGUGAUCAUGCUGGCAGUUGCACUUAAGUUUUCACAGCGUGUGGCUUGUCCUGAGGACUGGGAUCAGCACAACAGCGUCUGUUACUACCUCUUCAGGGAUGGGAGGACCUGGGAGCAGGCUCAGAAUCGGUGCUCCGAGCUCGGGGCCUCCCUGGCCGUGUUCAGUGACAAGGAAAUGGACCACCUCCUCUCUCCCUCCCAGGACCACAUCUUCCGCCUCAGUGGCAACCUGGAUUACUGGCUCGGGCUGCGGAGACGGGGCAAGAGGUUUCAGUGGGUGGAUGGCAGCAGCUACAACUCCUCGCUGGAGGUCCUUGGCAAUUCAGAGUGUGUGUACCUGGCGGACCAUAAACUCAGGAGUGAGGACUGUUCAACAGAGUGGGCGUAUCUCUGCAGCAAACCCCAACCUCACCUGUAAUAGAAGUGAGGGAGAAAGGACCUUCUCCAUCCUGAAGACUCACAGCUUUCCUUCUUCCACUAGCCCAGGGAUGUCCUUCCACAGAUGAACAUUUGCUUUGUGACACAUCUCAGCACAACCUCAGGAACCUUGGUGCCUUUUGUCAUUGUCACCUCAGUAGCUGGUCUCAAGGAGGUGAACCUGCAGGGACAUGAUGUGGAUGUGUGCCUUCAUGGACUAGGGGUUUCUUUCUCCAGAAGUCUUCCUCAUUCUCUAUUUAUAUUUACUUUAUAUUUAUACUCUAACAGUUUACACUACAUGCACUGUAUUCAAGCACUAGAGUGCCUGAAUAUGCUCGUGUAAAGUAUUUUUCCAUUGCUGAACGCUACUUGAAUCAAUGAAUGUGAACCUGGGAUGUCCUGAUUGUGGCCCCAGCAGAGUUACUGUAUCAGUGCUGCUGCUGUGCUUCUCU